AUGGGGGACCUGCCGGGUCUCGUGCGCCUCUCCAUCGCGCUGCGCAUCCAGCCCAACGACGGCCCGGUCUUCUUCAAGGUGGACGGCCAGCGCUUCGGCCAGAACCGCACCAUCAAGCUGCUCACCGGCUCUUCCUACAAGGUGGAGGUGAAGAUUAAGCCCACCACGCUGCAGGUCGAGAACAUUUCCAUUGGUGGUGUGGUUGUCCCACUGGAGCUGAAGUCUAAAGAGCCUGAUGGGGACAGAAUUGUUUAUACGGGCACAUAUGACACAGAAGGUGUGGCCCCAACCAAGAGUGGAGAACGGCAACCCAUCCAGAUCACAAUGCCGUUCACUGACAUUGGGACCUUCGAGACAGUAUGGCAAGUCAAGUUCUACAAUUACCACAAGCGAGAUCACUGCCAAUGGGGAAGCCCGUUCUCUGUCAUUGAGUAUGAAUGCAAGCCCAAUGAGACACGCAGCCUCAUGUGGGUGAACAAGGAGUCCUUCCUCUGAAGAUGGCUCUUUCUGAUGUUGCUGGACAAUCUCUUCAAAAAUCAACUUUCGGAUAACCCAGCGCAAGCCUUCACCAAGGCACACGACACCGUUGAUGUUUCCCAUCGGGUGCCGUUGACCUACUGGCCCCAAUUAUUUUGAAAGUGUAAUUCCCUUCUGAUGCCAUGUCCCUGACAUAAAAAAUCGUGAUGUACCAUCUCUGAGACGAUCCUUUGCUGUGUUCUGUGUUGGUGUUCCUGCAUCCAGUUGUUCCUGGUCAUGCUGUUGACCGCUUCUGAGGAGCUCAGUGGAACUGGCAGACGUAUCC